GAACGGAAGUUUAGGAUCUACUGUGACUGUCUACUUUGACAUAACAACAGUCUGGGUGGCUCGGUAGUUCGUGUCGUUAAAUAGCGGUAUCGGCCACGCUUGUGAGAGUUCCUCAGCACUGACCCGGAGUUGUCUGACAUGUUCUGGAGCUCAGCCGCAGCUCAGCGGGGAUGUGUUCCACUCCUACGCCGCUGCUCCCUCACAGUCAGACCCCGAUGCACCGUGGACACUUCACGGACCUUCUCCAUCUCCGCCUCGAGGUCUCACGCCCCCGACGAAUCAAAGCCACGUCUGAAGCAGUGGGUUCUGACCGUGAGCCCGUUCGCCACGGUGCGGGCGCAGCUGGGCUGCAGCAUCUCCGUCGGGCCGCUGGACCCGCACGCCUUCCCCGAGGCUGACCGAGCCUUCGUCACAGUCCACGGGGCAGACACGGAGCUGCAGGUCCAUUAUGACGAGCACAGGAGCGAGCUGAGCAUCAGUGCCGAGAAGGUGAACAGCUGCGCGUCGAUCGACGUGGCUGCGCCUGUGAAAAGCAGUCUCUUCAUUACUACUCGGGGAAAGGGCGACGUGCGGGUGCAGAAGAUGGAGAGCGACAUCUGCAAGGUGCAAACAGAAAGAGGCAGCUGUUCACUGGACUCUGUGAAGGCUCAUCGGGUGGAGGUGCAGUCCAGGUGUGGAAGUGUCACAGGUGGGGGCACAAUCCACGGCAACGUGGACAUCAGCACACACGGAGACGGUGCAGUGGACGUCAAGAAACUCCAGGGCACCGAGAUGAAUGUUUCCACAGAACGCGGCUCUCUGAGGGUCAAAGCCAUCUACGCCGAGUCCACCUGCAUCCGCUCCCACUCUGGAAAGGUAGAACUGGGGCACGUGCACGGUAGCGCCACAGUGACGACCGUGUGUGGGGAUGCAGUUAUAGAUGGCUCAAAUAGUUUCCUCAAGGUUUCCUCUCAGAGGGGAGCGCUUGAUGCGUACGUGGGAGACGGCGGCAGCGCCGAGCUGCACAGUCGGGAAGGAGCCGUGUGCGUGCGCGUCCCGUCCUCAUUGAGAGCUGGGGUGGAGCUCUGUGGAGCAUCUGUGGAAAUCAACUCCAAGGUUGUUCUGUGUGGAGCAGAAAACAACACGAGCCAAGGCCAAACCACAGUUACUGGUUUUAUGAAUGUGGAGUCUCCAGUGGACCAGUGGGUUAGAGCUCGGGCAGAUAGAGGCUCUGUGACAUUGAAGACCCAAAGCUGGUUUGAGUCACUGAAGCUGGGGAGCUGAGGUGACCGGCUGGUGCAUCGUCUCCACCAGGGCUUUGGCUUAAAAGACAGAGCCAGGUAUUUACUGCUGCUCUUCAGGAUCAGAUGGACCCUCACCUCUAUUGAGGAUUCAAAAUGCAGCUCAGGAUGUACUACUGAAUUACGUGUCAUCCAACUCUGUAUGUGAGAGUUAAAAUCACUGUAUACUCAGGAAGGCAGAGUGUGUAACCACCCACCGGUGUUUUGUUAUUUAGUUUUUUUCAUUAGCAGCAUUUGCUAAAUUCACUUAAAAUAAUUUAAAAUGAUGUGAUACUGUAUGUAAAUGCAAUAAAAGCAAUAAGUUUUAAAAGA